AUGUCGAGCAAAUCUGCUCCAAAAUCAACAUCAACGCCAAAUGCUGGUAAUAGUUGUAAGCUCUGCCUUGAGCCCGACAUUCCUGAAAUGGUAGCUUGCGACAAAUGCUCCACAUGGUUUCAUUUCCAAUGCGUCAACGUCGGUUCUUCUGUUAACGACAGAAGUUGGGUAUGCGAAGCCUGUCAAAGGUCAUCAAGCCACCAUUCACCUGCUCGUUCCAUCAUCUCCACUGUGGCGUCCAAGGAAACAUCCAAAUCCCGGAAAAGAAGAGAUCUUAUCUUGAAAAUACUCGAAGAAGAAAAAGUCCUUCGAGAACCAAACUUGCAAAAGUACUUAACAGAUAAGUACAAAAUUCUCGAAGAACUAAGCAGUUCAGAUGAAGAAAACAUCCAAGAAAAAAUACAACCAAAACCUGUUAUCGUUCCUCAAAAGCAGCCCAACCCAAGCAACCUUGUUCCAUUACAAGUAGAAAACCCUACACCAAGUGGUCAAAUUCACCCUACUUAUUCCGAACCUCAACAAAAUACGCUUUUACCAUCUCAGUUAGCGACUCGACAAGUGAUAUCAAAGGACCUGCCACUCUUCCAUGGUCAUCCUGAGGAGUGGCCAAUUUUUAUAAGUUCCUUUGAGCACAGCACAAACCUCGCCGGUUAUACUCACGCCGAAAACUUAAUGCGCCUGCAAAAAUGCCUACGUGGCAGUGCACUUGAGACAGUAAAGAAUCGCCUCUUAUUGCCAUCGAUGGUGCCAGAUAUAAUUAAAACUCUUCGAAUGCGUUUCGGUAGACCAGAGCACGUACUUCACGCCAUGAUUGCCAAAGCAAAAAACCAAGCACCUCCUAAAGCUGAUAAAAUGGAAACGCUUAUAGAAUAUGUGCUCGCGAUCCAAAAUGUGUGUGCCGUAAUGGAAGCAUCACAGAUGACAGCCCACUUGAACAACCCCACGCUUCUCAAGGAAUUUGUUGAUAAGCUUACUCCACAUCUUUUGUUGAACUGGGCCCUAUUUUCAAAAGAUUUACAAUCACCCACACUGCCAGAGUUUUCAAAUUGGUUAAGCGAAAUUGCGGAAGCUGCUUGUACCGUCACAACGCCAAUCGUGCGCACAGACAAACUGGAACGACGUAGUAAUCACUUCUUCACUCACGACGUAGUCAAAGCACCUACAUCAAACAUAGAUCGUGAAAGUAGCACGAGACAAUGUUAUGUCUGUAACGAUUUCCAUCCAUUGGAUUUCUGCUACGAAUUCAAACGAUAUGGACGUUCUGAAAGAUGGAAUGCCGUAAAAAAGAACAAUUUAUGUCACACGUGCUUAAAAAAACACCCUCACGCGCGAUGUCGAUCAACACUAUUGUGUGGAGUGGACGGAUGCACAAGAAAACAUCACAAGCUUUUACAUAAUUCAGCUGCUGAUAGUACUCCCCCCAGGAUGCAAAUUGGCUCAACUUUAGGAUGCCAUUACAACCGCUGCGACGAUAAUAUACAAAACAAUAUCCUUUUUAGAAUUAUUCCAGUGAAGCUUUAUGGAAUAAAUAAAACGUGUAACACCUUUGCUUUCCUGGACGGAGGCUCAUCCCUGACGUUGAUUGACGAUGAACUCGCUUGUGACCUGAACCUUGCAGGGAGGUCCGAAAAUCUUUGUUUAAAGUGGACUUCCGAAACUACACGCGUUGAAGAAAACUCACGUAUCGUCAUAUUUGGCAUAUCAGGUUCCUCUGAAGGAUGCCAGAGAUUCACCCUCCACAACGUUCGCACCGUAAAAAAUUUAGGGCUACCAAAACAAUCCGUAUCGAGUCAUAUUAUGCAAAAUCGUUAUUCGUACAUGAGAGGUUUGCCUAUUCCUUCGUAUGACAUGGCUCAACCAAGAAUUCUUAUUGGAAUGGACAAUUGGAAACUUGGCGUAUCAAUGAGAGUGUUUGAAGGCAACUGGUCCGAACCAAUGGUGACUAAAACGCGCCUAGGUUGGUGUGUUCAUGGUCCUGAAAAAGACAUACAAACAAAUUUUAAAAACACUGAAUUUGCAUUGAAUAUAUUUCAAAACCAGAAUGAUACAGAGCUUCAUCAACUUGUAGAAAACUUCUUUUCAAUUGAAAACAUCGGUGUACGCAUUCCAACGCUUCAAAUGGUAUCCACAGAAGAAAAAAAGGCCAUCAGAAUUCUUGAAGAAACGUGUGUUCGUAUCAAAAAAAAAUAUGAAGUCGGUCUUCUUUGGAAGUACGAUAAAUUCAAUUUGCCUGACAACUAUUCCAUGGCGUUUAAUCGUUUUCAAAUACUAGAUCGAAAAAUUCAAAAGGAUGUUCGGCUGAGUGAAAAUUUAAAUGAGCAGAUUUUGAAUUUAGUAAGCAAAGGUUAUGCAAUAAAAUUGUCCGAUGAUGAGUUAAAAGUGAAUCGCCGUGUGGUGGCAGAUGUUGUUGCCUCAAGUUGCUGA